GCAGCUUUGCUAUCCCCUGCUUAUCCCUCCGCGAACGCGCCGUUUCGGCAUCCCGUCGAGCACCAUGGCGGCUGCAGCGGCGGCGGCUGUGACCCUCCUCCGCCUUCCUCUCGCCCGUCUCUCCUACCACCUCCGCUCUGCCCCUUCCCCUCGCCUCCCGCCCCCACGCCUCCGCAUCUCCACCUCCCACCGCUUCCUCUCCUCCCUGGGCCACGGCUCCGCCUCCGCGGCCGUGUCCGAGGCGGUAGCCGCGCCGGAACCUGAGGGGGACUCGGUCGAUGCAGUGGAAGAGAGUCACGAGGAGGAGUCUACGGCCGAAGAGGAGGCGGAGGCGCCCCGGUCGUUCGUGCUCCCGCGGCUGCCGCGGCCGAAGCUGAGCGUGAAGGAGCGCAAGGAGCUGGCCUCGUACGCGCACGGCCUCGGGAAGAAGCUCAAGUCGCAGCAGGUCGGCAAGGGCGGCGUCACACCCAACCUCGUCUCCGCUUUCAGCGACAACCUCGAGUCGAACGAGCUCCUCAAGCUAAAGAUUCACGGGAACUGCCCUGGGGAGCUACCCGAUGUGAUACUACAACUUGAGGAGUCAACAGGAUCCAUUGCUAUUGACCAAAUCGGCCGCUCAGUUAUCCUGUAUAGACCUAGCACUAGCAAGAUGAAAAAGAGGCAAGAGGCAGCUGAAAAUGCUAGGAGAUUUGCAAGAUCUAAAGAAGAAAUCGCUAGGCGAUUUGUAAAAUCUGAAGAAUCGUUUGAAGAACGCCCUAGAAACAGUGCAGGCAGAAGAUUCGUGUCCACAUUUGGGUCUCAGCAGAAGAGAAGACCAAUGGCAUCCAAGGGUUCAUCAUACGGCCGAGGGUAGAAGCAGAAUAAAAUGGUAUAUGGCUUGUUUUUCGUGUUGUCUGGACUCUGGAGAGAUCAUGUAAAUUUUAAUAGACAAACUAAUUGGUAUAUGGAUGCUAGUGCUAAUUCUAGUUUCUGCCAGUAAAGCUACGGUUCCAGCUCCCAGGUCUCAUCAACCACACAAUGAAAUAGGCAAAGAUAUUUUCUGUCCGAUA